AUGCCCAGACGCCCGUACAAGGAAGACCCCCUCACGCGCUCCGUCAACGGCUGGCUCGACGGCGUGGAGGACUCGAGCUCCGAGACGAGCAGCGGCCAGCACCGCCGCGGAGGACCGGGAGGAGGAGGAGGCCGUUACGCAGCCGCCGGCGCGCCGCCGCCGCCCUACGACUACGACCGCCGGCCGUACUACCCCGCUCCUCCUCCUCCCAGGCAGGACUCGCCGCCCCGUCGCGGCGGCCCGCCGCCCCGCCGGUCGAGCUACGCCGAGCCCUCCCCCUACGAGGACAUGCGCGGCGGCGGCGCACGGCCGCGCCGACCCGCAGGCGGACCGCCGCCGCCGCCGUCGAUGUCGCCCAGCCCGCCCAGGCGCCGGUCCUCGUACCGCCGCUCGCCCAGCCCGCCCCCGCGACGGGGUCGGCGCCGGUAUGACGACGGGGACGCCGGCGGUCCGCCUCCGGGGUACUACCCGCCCUCGACGCGCCACGGCCGACCUGCAGCAGCAGCAGGAGGAGGAGGCGGGCCGUCGUCGUACCGCGCGCCGCCGGCGCCGGAGCCGCCCUCGCCGGUCGGGGACCGCUACGAGCACGACCGCAGCAGCAGGCGCCACCAGCGGCGGCACCACUCCCUCUCGCCCUCGCCGCCGCCGCCGCCGCCGCCGGGCCCCCGCAUGCGCCGCAGCGCGUCGACGCGCGACGCAGCACCGGCGCCGUCGUCAUCGUACGACCGCGACCGGAGGCCGGGGCCCGGCCGGAGAGACGACCCUGCGCCUCCGAGGCCGAACCUGCAGCGCAGCAAGACGACCUCCGCCGGAGCUGCCGGCGCCAAGGACAAGACCGGCGGCGGUGCCGGCGGCGGCGGGUUCAACGCCUCGGGCCUGUGGACCAACCCGGCCUUCCAGGCCGCCGCCGCGGCGGCCGUGCAGGCGGGCGCGGCCAAGGCGUUCAGCCUGCGGGGCCAGCCGGGCAGCUGGGGCGGGAAGAAGAAGGGCGGGCAGAUCGCGACGGCGGCCCUGGGCGCCGCGGCGCUGGACGCGUUCAACAAGAAGAGCGGCGGCGGCGGGGGGGGCAAGUCGUCUUCGAGGAGUGGCGGUGGAGGGUCGGGAGGAGGAGGAGGAGGGAAGGGGGGUAUGGGCGCUGCGCUCGGCGGGUUCUUGGUCGAUGAGCUUGCGAGGCGGUCGAAGAAGAGGUGA